UUUGAAAGAAAGACUCAAGAGUUGACAAAUUAGGUAGUUUUUCUUUCUUUCAUCUUCUUUCUCUUUGUAAUUAUUUAAGAGAGAGAGAGAGAGAGUUGAAUUACAAGAGGUUCAGAUGGGUUGCCUUGGAUCCAGGGAACUCAAAUGAAAAUAAAAUAAAGAUGGUUUCUUUAAUAGGGUUUUUUCCCUGUGAUUUUUUGGGACUGUAGCUUUCUUUGGCUUCUUUCUCAUGAUCCCUUUUCUUCUUCUAUCUUUCUUUCUUGUGUUUGGAGAUAAGAUAAUAAAGAAGAAGAGUGUAGAGAAGAAGAAAUUGACAGCAAAGCUUAAAAGGGUAUCUCUAUUUUUAUCUAUUUUAAGCUAAAGUUUCACAAAAAUGGAAGUUGGGAUCCAUUGUUGUUGACUUUAGAUCUCAAUACCCUUUUCAUUUUCAUACCCUUUAAGCUCAUAAAGUUCAGAACUUUAAGUCUUAAUUGAGUUGAUUAUUAUUAUUUAUUGUUAUUAUUAGGCAAAUGGAAAAUGGUACCAUUAUUAUUCACAUUCCAAUAUCAUCAUUGUUAGAAAAAGGAGUAGAGUGUUGUUGUUGUGAUAGUUUAGUUGAAAAAAAAUGACAAGUUGUGUAGCUUUUUUGGAGGGUUUUUGGGGUAACUUUUUGUACUUGAAAGAUAAGAUUUUUGAUGGAGGAGAUGUCUCCUGCGGUUGCAGUGCCAUUUAGAGUAGGCAAUUCAGUCUGUGAUAACUCAACCAUAGUUGCUACUACUACUACUACUAAUCAUAACAUGGAUGUCACAAGACUUAAGCUAAUGACAGAUACUACUGAUUUGCUAUCUGAUUCUGUUGUUGUUGUGCCUAAUAAGGCGAUAGUAGAACCGAGUAGUAGUAGUUGCCCCGAAGAGGAGGAGGAGGAGGAUUGUGAUUGUGAUUGUAGUAGUAGUAGUGUUAUUAAUGGUUUAGAUAUGAUAUCUCAAAACAAAAGUAAUUGUGUUUCUUCUGUUGAUGAUUCUCGUGAAAGUGAGGAAGAAGAUUGUUUAUCGGUUGAGGGUGAUCAAGUUCUUGAUGGUUCGGGCUCUGUGGCUAGUGAGUGUAGUAGUUUAGAGGAUUUUUUCGGUUUUGAGGCUAUUACUGAUGUGGGAGCAACAACAACAACAUUAAGUUCUGUUGAUAUUGAGAAGAGUCUUUAUAGUGUUGAUGUUGUUGCUAAGAUCACAAGUUUAGGGGAGUCAAAUGUUGUUGGUGAUACUGUCUCGGUUAGGAUUGAAGAAAUCGGUUGUGGUGGUGGUGAUGGUUCUUGCUCGAAACCAUUGUCUGUGGAGAAAGGGGGAGUGGUGGUUCGUAGUGUUUAUGAGGUGGAUUAUGUUCCUCUUUGGGGAUAUACUUCGGUUUGUGGUAGAAGACCUGAGAUGGAAGAUGCAGUUGCUUCUGUACCUCAUCUUUUAAAAAUUCCAAUCCAAAUGUUGAUUGGUGAUCGAGUAAUCGAUGACAUGAUGAACAAGUAUUUGUCUCAUCAAACUGCUCAUUUCUUUGGUGUAUACGACGGUCAUGGAGGUUCUCAGGUUGCAAACUAUUGUCGCGAACGCCUCCAUUUAGCAAUGAUGGAGGAGAUAGAGUACAUUAAAGAAGGCCUAAUUCAUGGUAGAAUUAAGGAUAGUUGUGAAGAGCAAUGGAGAAAGGCAUUCAUGAAUUGUUUUCUUAAGAUUGAUGCUGAAGUUGGAGGACAAGCUAGUCUUGAUCCCAUUGCCCCAGAAACCGUUGGUUCUACUGCGGUUGUUGCUGUUAUUUGCUCGUCUCAUAUCAUAGUAGCAAACUGUGGAGAUUCUAGAGCGGUUCUUUGUCGUGGGAAAGAAGCUAUUGCUCUCUCAGCUGAUCAUAAACCAAACAGGGAAGAUGAAUAUGCUAGGAUUGAAGCAUCUGGAGGCAAAGUCAUACAAUGGAAUGGACACCGUGUGUUUGGCGUUUUGGCUAUGUCGAGAUCAAUUGGUGAUAGAUACUUAAAACCAUGGAUCAUUCCCGAACCAGAAGUGACAUUCCUUCCCCGAGCAAAAGAAGACGAUUGCCUAAUUCUAGCAAGCGACGGUCUAUGGGAUGUCAUGACGAACGAAGAAGUAUGUGAAUUGGCUAGGAAACGAAUACUUAUAUGGCACAAAAAGAACGGCGGUACACUUCCUUUGGAGAGGAGAGGCGAGGACAUCGAUCCUGCAGCACAAGCAGCUGCAGAGUAUCUUUCGAAUCGAGCCCUUCAGAAAGGAAGCAAAGACAACAUCAGUGUCAUUGUGGUUGAUUUGAAAUCUCAAAGAAAGUUUAAGACCAAAACAUGAUCAUAUGAUGAUGCUAAACACUUCAUAUAAUUAAUAUAUAUAGAAAUAUAUAUAUAUAUAUAUAAAUAUAGUUCUUUUGCCCACUUGGUUUAAUGUACUUAUUAUUAUAUAGAACACAUUAUUGUAGAGUUUUUAUUGUGUUUUUAGAUGGUUUGGUUGGUUGGUUGGUUAGGGAAGGGAAUAUAGGAUUGAAUCAUUAUUCAUUGUUGCAUUGCAUUUGACAAGAGGGGCAAUAUUGUAAUUUGCAUUAUUAUUAUUAUUCAUUAUGCCUCCGAGUUAAAAAAAAAUUGCUCUGUGGGGUAUUUUUUUUUA